GAAAGAAGAGAACCCAUAACGUACGUCUAUAUUUCGGGAAAAGUCAAUUUUCCAUCUACGCGAUAUGGAGGGUGCUUUUUUUCGUAGAAAAAUUCAACAAAAAUAUUGGUGACAAGAAAUUAGAAAAUUAGAAAAUAUAGUCAAUUGUCUGGAGUACCUACAUACAUUUAAAUACAUAUAAAUAUAUUUAUAUAUGUAUUCGCGUAUCCAUUUUCAUCUUUGCCUUUCCACUCCGUUUCCGUUUUAAUUUUGACAUCUUACUAUACGAUAAAUCUGAAUCAGAAAAGAAAGCAAUUCGUUGGAAAGGAAGAAUAAAAUCGACAAAGACCGAUUUAAGUUUGGAUUUAAGACUUUUUAUUAAAUUAUAAAAUUAAAAAAGUUCUUAAAUUAAAUUAAGAAAUAUUAACUUAAGAAAAAAAAAGAAAAAGUAAACAAAAAAGGGAGUACCCGACACGAACGUGUGGGGUGGUGGGUGAUUUUGAAUUCGUGGAGCAAGCACAAAAGGGUAAAAAUGCUAUAUCGGUAGCGAAAAUGUGCGUGGAACGUUAAACGAAACGGUAAAUGGUGGUGGCGCUAGGUGUGAUUGUAAAACGAUGAUGAUAAUGAUAGAACUGGUAACGGUAAUGAUGUUGAAGCUGAGAGAAUUUGAGUUUAUGUCCUCUUCGUCUUCGUUUACGUCUUCGUCUUGGUUAUCGUCCUCGUCCUCGCCUUCGUCUUCGGGUUCGUCUUCAUCUUCGUUUUCGUUGUCUUCAUCAUCGUCGUUGUUGUCGCUGUCGUGGUUGUCGCCGAAUUCGUCGCCGUCGGUAAUAUCCGCUCUAAAUAUCGUUGCUGUUUAAAUACUGCAAUACUGUGCUGCUGUCUGACCUAAAUUUAUUGCAAACAACUCCGUUGUGGAACGUGAUAAGAACAAAAGGAACAAACAUUAACAAAAUAAACAAAAAACUUCUUCGACACAUUUUCGUUCGUGAUAUAAGCUCGUUGACAAGGCGAUAUGAGAGGAUAUCCAUUUCAUCUAUAAAACGUUGUUUUUUUCUUCUUUUUCGUGUGCCCUGCUCGCUGUCUCUUUUUCACACUUCAUCAUCACCUUCUUCUUUAUCUUCUGCUUUUGUGUUUCUGCCUACAUACAAACAAUACGCACACUUACAAAACAACGUAGAAACAAAAAAAGGUUUAAAAAAUGUGCGCGGACAGAAGAAAAAUAUCCUCUUAAAAUCCUCCCGUACACUCAAAAACCCAAAUUCGAAUGUAAGUAAGAUUUGCAAAUGUUUCGGAAUUCCCAAUUCGAAAUUCGAACAUAAAAAGUGAAAGAAUAAAGUUCGAUUCGAAAUUGUUAUCAAAAUGUGUUGGUGGUUGUCAUUUUGAAGCUUUUCUUGACAGUGUUUGUGUUAUGUAUAUGUGAAAAGUGCGAAUGUAAGAAAUAAGGCAAGCAAAGAAGAAUCAGCGAAAGCGAGAAAACAUUUUGUGAAAGAAAGGGUUGAAUAUGAUAUAUUAUUAUUAUAAAAUCACAAGUGCAAUAAAAACAAUAAUAUUUAAAAGCAAUUAAUAUAAGAAAUAUUAAAUUUAAUCGUUAAUCGAGAUCGUUUUUUAUUUAUUAAAAAUAUAGAAGGAAAUAGCCACAUACAUAUACGAGUAUAAAAUUGAAAGAAAGGACUCUUGAACCAAAAAUCUAUCUUGGUGUUGUGUUUUAAUACAAUAAUUGUGCUAUUAUUAUAAUUAUAUUAUUUUGUGGUAUAAAUGCCGAUAUUUCGAAUAAUUGCGGAGCAUUUUAAUGAAGACAGGAGGCAGAGGGCAGAGCCUCCAACUGGUUUCUGUUGAGACAUGUCGUAAUGGCAAGAGAGGAGUCUCGAGGCAAGAGACCCCUUAAAAUUUGGGAUAGUUGGCGGAAUGUACGCAAAGGCGUAGUAGUUGGAAGUUUUGAGGAACUUAUCGUAAGAGGCAAGGAUAAGCUUGGGGUUCCUGCCUCAGAACCAGUACGUGUUGUUCUAGAGUGCGAUGGGACCCAAAUCGAGGAUGGUGAAUAUUUUCGAACUUUGGCAAAUAACACGGUUCUGCUGCUACUGAGGCAAGGCGAACGUUGGUAUCCAACUGGCGUCGAUGUUAUAAAAGCUGCGAUAUCAGCUAUUCCGAAAAUCGUCUGUGAGACGAUCCAUGCUUUAGAGCUCCACGAUGAGACGCCAUCUUGGAAGAUUAUGGAUAACAAGGGUCGCGUCACGGUGGUCCUACACUGGGACCAGCGUCAGGGAGGUGGAGGAGGGGGAGGCGGUGGUGGCGGGCCAGGCAGUAGUAAUGCCGGUGGCUUGGGCGCCAGUGGUGGCGGACCAGGUGUUAGCAGCAAUGGUCUUAUGUCAUCGGAAAAAUAUUCACCAUCGAAAAAAGGACUUUCGGCACAGAGCUCACUCGAUAAAUCAUCACCAGCACCUCAGCGUUAUUCGAGCCCACAAAUAACCGUUAUCAGUGAUGAAGGACCGGCGAGCAUCUACCAUCCAGGUGGACGACGCCUAUCCAAGCAGGGCGGUUCCUUUGACAGUGCCGUUGGUGCUGUGCACGUGCAUACGCCCGAAUGUGCCCAUCACGCGCACACGCCCAGCCGUGCCGGCAGUCCUAGUACAACCGAAUGCGACUUCCAUUGUUGUGCCCUACACGAGGAAGGUCGCAAAAUAGCCGUACACAAAAGCGUUGCAACCUCACCCAUCCAGGAUGGCACAACAAGUCCUCAACCUCAGUCGUCAAUAUCAAUAUCGACGGGCAGUGGGGGACCGGUUGGUGUCGGUAGUGGUAUCGAUCCAACGGGCAGUAUGCAACGACGAUCGUCUGGUGCUAAGGGACAUGUUCGAUUUCUGGACAUCGCUCCCGAACGGGACAGCUCAGAGAGUGAGACCGAAAACACAGUCAUGGAAGACGACAAGACGACAACAGAGAAAUUCCUAUUGUUAAUUGAUCAGCUGUCCGUUGAUCAGAAACGUCAUUUAAGUAUUAAGGAUAUUGGUAUUAUCUUAGAGCGUUUAAAUUCAAAAAUCCUAGAUGUCGAACGCCUGGACCGGGAAUCAGAGUCGGACGACUGCUACAACUGGACGAUAAAGGCCACAAUUCGUGGUGAUGCGUUACGGGAGCUAGGUGUAAUUUAUAAUGGUAAUUAUUAUGCGAUCUCCGAGCAUCCUGGCUACAAGGAAGAGAUCGAAGAGAAUGGUGAAGAGCCCGAAGAGGAGGAAGAGGAUAGGCUUUAAUAAAUUGUAUAAAAAAAAUUAAAAAAUAAUAAUUACUCGUAAAAAUAUUUAAAAAAGUAAAAACAAAAAUACCAAUUGAGGUUAAUACUAGGUAGAGUCUUAUUAGUUAAACGUAUUUAUAUAUAAAAGAAAAUAUAAUUUGUUUGAGCAGUUGUAGGUGUUAGAAAAGUAAAAAAGUAAAAAAUUAAUUAAAAAAUAAAAAAACAGUAUCUCAUUCUGACGUCUUGUUACGUUUUCGGUCCCAAAAUUUGGUUCCAUUUUGUUAGUAAUUAAGUUCUUAUAUAAGGCAGUCAAAGUUAGUUCUUGAUGGGCCAACGGACAAUAGUGCAAUGUAUAAAAGAAAUUAAUUUUAUUAUUUUAUAUUUAAUCACAACAUAUUUCAAAAACAAAAAUGUCUGUUUAUUAAAAAAAAAGUGAUUAAAUAAUGGGAAAAGUUUGAAGGACAGAAAUGAGUGAUUGUUUGUAUCUCUUCGCUGCCAUUUUUAAUUUUUUGGUUUUAUAGUUGUACAUUGUUAUUAAAAAUAUUUGUCUUAGUAUUAAAAAAAAUAUUAAAUUAAAUUUUUAUAUAUAUUUUGAAAAUAUAUGAAGUAUUACGUUUUCAAUUCAAAUUCUGUGAUUUUAUUUAAAUUAAUUUAAUUUUAUUUGUUAAACAAGAGUGAUUGCAUCAUCUGUUGAUAAGAGAACGAUAGAAAAAACACAAGUGCUCAAAAAUGAAUUAAAACAAAACAAAAAUAAUAUAAUAAUGGCUUAUAGCAAACAAAAACAAAUUAAGAAACAUAAAACACAAAAAAAGUGCCAAAGUUGAAAUGAUAAAAACCAAAAAUUAUAUUGUAUAACACGAGAUAGUAUUAAAAUCAAACGAGAUAUUUAUUUUUAAAUUUUAAAAACUUGUCACACCCUUUAUUCAGUGCCAAAUUCAUUUUUACCAACCACACCCAAACAAAAUAUUAAACAAAACAAAACACAAAAUAAUAUUGGUAAAAAAAAACAAUUCGAUUCCCAUAAGCCAAAAAAAUAAUAAUUUAGUUUUUGUAAAAAUUAAUAAUAUGUUUAUUUAUAGAAACAAACAAUGGCUAAUCAGAAUAUUUUACAGCUUGGGACAUAAGAUACAAACAUGUACUCUUUUACGGUUUUUAAAUUCUAUUGAAUUUACUUUGACAUUUAAAAGAAAAACUAACGACAUUAACGCCACAUUGUGGCUACGGCGAACGUUAACACCAACUGCUCCAUGAUAAUACUAAAGGUUUGAUAUUGACAGCUGGCAUAUAGUCAGUGUAGUCGCCUAAUUCCUGUCAAAACGGAAAUUGCAAUUCGCAAUUGCAGUUUCUAACAGGGUUACAGUCUGUUUAAAAGUUUAGAUCUUCAUUUAAAAUUAAUUUAAUCAAGUAAACUGACAUUUGUGAUAUACAAAGAAAACAGAAUUGUUACAUUUUUGCUAAACUUUUUUUAAAAAUCCAAAGUAAAAUUUUGGACCUUGUAAAUUAAAAUACUGAAGUUAGUAUUAACAUAAAAUAACAACAAAGUUCAUCCGCUAUAGUUGGUUGUUUUGAGACGUGGUUAUACAUUUUCCCUUAAAUCAUUUUCUUGACAGACAAUGGUUGUGUUCAAUGACUGCUCUGUGAAUAUUUGGAAACCAUUCUCCAAACAGAAAACAACUUUGAAGCUUUAAAAGCAUUAAACAAAAAAAUCACACUUUCGCGUUUGACAGAUCAAGCUCUGUUAAGAACUUAGGAAGGAAAAACGAAUUUAUUCAUUUUUUAAUAUCAACUUCUUUGAAGAUUAUUUUGGAACCAAAAUCAAUGUCAAACUCUUGAAUAUGAAAUAAUUGUAAGAUUAUUCUGGGAAUCGAAAUGCUCUUUUUAGAGUUUGACAGUUUAAGCUUUGUUCAGAACUUAGAGGAGAAAAUCGCUUAUAGUUUUUUUUUGAAUAUUAUCUCUUGAAAGAAUGUUUUUGGGAUCGAAACCAAUGCCAAAUUCUUAAAUAUGAAUUUACUGGAAGAUUAUUUUGGGUUCGAUUUGUUUUAAGCCUGAUAUAACUAAAUCAGCUGUUCAUAUCAGAUACUUUAAUUCAGAGCUGUUAAGCUUCACUGUGAGCAUUGAAAUUAACAAUUUUUGAUUGCGAAAGCGGCUGCAGUUUUAAUUCCAGUAGCAGGACUCGUUUAUCUUCGAUAUUCAAUAUUGACCUCAGAUAAAGUUACAAAGUUGACCCUAAAACAGAAAGCUACUGAGUUCUGUGCAUGGAAACAUGUCGGAACAGACAGCCCUCACCAAUUUUCUUGACAUCGAUAUCUUUGGAGUAGCAGAAGAUUAUAUAUCAAGUCUUAAUUUAUAAAAGUUGGGUCACAGUUUAUUGUGAUCCAUGCAAGUAAAACAAUUCAGCGUGUUUUAUUGAAGUUUUAGGAAAGAAUAUUAAGUCUGCAUCUUUUUCUCAAUUUCUGAUUGUACAAUUAUCAAGUGUCAAUGUUUGUUUCUGAUGUCAUAUUCAUAGUGUUAAAUUUAUGAUAGUAAAUAUUUUACCAUCGUUAUAUACCUAUUCUAAUUUGUGUUUUCAAUAGUUAAUGUCUGAAAGUUUAACACCAAUCAUACACGUUUUAAAAAUAAUUUUUACCAACAUUUUAUCGAGUAAAACUGCCAUUAAAAAUAUAUAUAUAUUUAAGAGCAUUAUAACAACAAUUAAAUUAAAACAAAACGAGAAAAAAUCGUUAUAAUUAAAAACAACAAAAUGUCUAUAAACAACUUUGAAUCAUACGUACAUACAUUUUAAUUCAUAUUAUAAGAACUUUUAACCAACAAAAAUGAAAAAAAUAAACUGCCAUUGAAAAUAUUAGUACAUAUAUUAUGAAUAACAAAAACAAUGGGAUUUAAACAAUAUAAAAACUAAAUCAACAAAUUAUAAUCCGAGAGCAAUUACAAUUCUUCAUAUUUUUAAGUUUGUAUUCUCUUUUAAUUUUAUUUUUAUUUUUUAUAAAUAGCACAAAAACACUAAAAUGUAUUGUUUCAACGAAUUAAAAACAAAACAUUGCAUACAAAAAAAAAAUAAAUGUUUAUAUAAAACAAAUAUGCAGCAAUAAUAAAGAAUUUAUUUUAUAUUAAAAAAAAAUCAAAUUAAUUUAGGAAAAACAAAAAAAAAUAUUGCGUUUCCUUUUUAAGUAGGUAAGGUACCUUAUAUUGUCAGAUCUUAAGGGUCCUAUCGCACACAUUUAGUAAAAAAAAGAUAUCAAAUAACAAUUUUACGAAUGGAAACAAAAAAGAUUAAAAAUAAAAUAAAACGAUCAAAUGAUUCAAAAAUAAAAUAAAAUUAAAUACAAUUGAAAAAUUAAACAAACCAAAAAUAUUGAAAUCAUGUUAUAAAAAUAGUAGUUUAAAAAGGAACGCAUAAAUAAUGAGGUAAAAUUAGAACAAUUGGUUCGAUAAACAAAAAUUUAUAAAAACCUUAACGACAUAUAUACAUUAAUGUAUGUUCAUCUGUAUAUAUUAUUCUUAAAUUGAAAUGAAAACAGCAAGAAAAAAUGUUUAACAAAAGUUUAAAAAAUAAAAAAACAAUCGAGUUUGUAGUGUAUUGUAAAUGGAAAAAUGUUUUGUGUCGUAGCGAUGAGAUUUUUUAAUUUUUGCUUAAAGUAACAUUGGAAUUAUUUUGCAACUUUCUUCACUCCUUAUAAAAAUACUUAACAAUUUCCGUAACCCCAAAUUAAAUUUAGGGAACGUUCAGACUAUAGGAAACACUGAGAAUUUAAUCAUUUAACAUAAAAUGGCGCAUUAAUCUGACUGAAUGACAUGCAUAAAUAAUAAAGUUAUUAAUACUGAUUAUUUGUGUAAAAUUAUUUUGGUUUAAGAUUUGCUUAUUGGUUAUCCGGUCCCAAAAUAAGCAGUAUAUUUUUGCGAAGCAACUUUUAAAAUAAAUCAUAAAAUUUGUAUUUGACAAUUGCAAUGUUAAUGACAGCAACAUCAAAAGUAGUAAUUGCAGUCAUCCAGAAGAAGAAAGGGACAGGUUCAGACAACGUUCUGAUUUUAUUUCCAGUCAACCGCAUUCUUUAAACGCAAAAUGCAUAUUUUAAAUGUCAUUAUUGUCAGUUUUCACUUGCAACUUAACUUCAGUGUCUUUAACUUGUAAACAUUUUCGGCAACAUUAUUAUCCACAAGAAAAAAUCUUUACACAGGUUAAAAGUCUAUCAAAAGUUGUGUUUUUCAUUCCAAAGAAAAGGUCUUUUUUCUAUUUCGAAUAUAACGAAGAACCUUUUUACACUAAACUUAAAAAACACAAUUUCACAGUAAAUAAAUACCUUACUCAGAUACGGAGUUCAGCCUUCAGUCGAAUGAAAAUAUGUAAUCAGCUGUCAUUUUGAAAGCAGUAGACGUAACUUGAUUAUAAGGGUGAUAUAUUUUUCCUGGCUAACUUUCUAAUGAAGUCGUGUUAAUUGAAAAACAAUUUUUUAGCAGCUGGCCAAUCAGAUUCUAGAAACUUACCUCUCUUUGAAUCCCUGUUGUCGUCUGAACGUACCCAAUGUCAAAUGAAAGUUUCAAAAAGAUCUAAUCGAUUGUGAAGUUUGUGGUCGUUUAAAGUAGUGACAUUUUUUUCACCAACGGCAUUUCAAUUCUUCUAUUUGGCCAGUUUAUGUUCCUAAGGCCUCGAAGAUAUCUUUAUUCUCAGAAAUACCAAAACCUAAUUUUUUCAUUUCAUUCACUUAGAAAUAUAAGCUUGCCAAUUAUUGUGUUCAUACCUCUGGCCGAUUCUAAUUUCUAAUUGAAUUAUUUUCGUGUGCUGAUUGUUGAAUUUUUGUUGUUGUUUUGUUGACGUUUUAACUAAACAGCUUACUAAUUGUAUUAAUUGUCAAAACAUUUCAGUUGUUAAUUGUAAGUUAUAACAUUAUAGGAAUUUAAAAUUAAUCAGCUAGAUUCUAAACAAAUUAGUGUGAACAGGUGCCGUCUAUCUAUCGUGAAUAAUAAAAGUUGUAGUGAGAAAAGAUUGCAAAAUAUAGACUUUAAAAUGUAUAAGAACAGAAAAUGCGUAUAUGUCAUUACUGUCACAUUUAUCUUGUUUGUUUUUAAGUAAAAAAUGGAUCAGAUCAGAUUAAGAUCAUUUUGGGGCAAUCUAUGGAAAAUUUCUGAGAGAUAAAGCUUAAAAACGGGUAACGUCAAAAUUUAUUGGCUUAACAAUGAAAGGCAAUGGAAUACGAAAAAUGUAGUUUGUGGUCUUGAAUAUCGCUUCCAGGAAGUCUAAUAAGGAUAUGGUUAAAUUGUUGUUUGUUUUAUGAGAAAAAACCUUUUUAACAAAUUCGGCUACAGUAAUUUGACAUUGCGGGUAUAAUAAAUUAUUGCAAAAAAUUGUAAGAAUACAAACAUGCAUUUAUGCAUAAAUUAUAGAAAAAUGGAAUUGUUUUCGAAAAUUGUAUUUUUUUGUCAGAAAUAUAGUAAUACAGAAGUCAACCAUUUUGUUUGAAACCACAAACUAUACAAAUUGAGAAAAAAUUUUAUUUUUUUUGUGGUAAAUACAAAUUAAAACAUUUAUGAAACUAGAAAAUAACAUUUACUUUAUGCUGCUUCAUUUUAAAAUUAAUUUUGCUAAACCGUGAUUAAUUUGGACUCUCAUGAGAUGACUCUUUUUCAUAUUAUAUCGUUUUAACUCCCUUCCACUUGAAGGGCGACAAAAAAGUGACAGAUAUGUAAGUGAGGAAGCCCUAUUUUUUAAUUAAAAUAAAAUUGAAAAAUGUGUUCCUUCAAAAGUGUCUUAUGUAAACACCACCCUAAAAACGAAUUCAUAAUGGGAUUUUUUUUUUGAAUUUGAACCUGCUUUGGAAAAAUAAGUUUCAAUAUUUUAACAGCGAAUUAAACUGGUUUUUAAAGGUGGCUAUUAGAACUAUUAUUAUUAUUUAUUUAAGGAAAAUCAAAUCGCUACGUAUUAUGCACAAAAACAAAAAACAUUACAUAAUAAACCAUAAACUUAAACGAAUUGGAACUCGCUAAAAAAUUUAAUAUAAAACAAAUCAUAUAGUAAAUGAAAAUAAAUUACCAUGUAAUAUUUGUCAUAAUGCACAAAAUAAAAAUAUUCAAAAAAGGCAAAUAAUAAUAAAAUUGAGUAAACAAAAACAAGAAAAAGAAAAAAACUGAAAACUAAUAUUAAUAUAAACUUAUACUUAGAACUGUUAAAAAUAUAUUACGUAAUGCAUAAUAAACAAAACACAAAUAAAAACAAAACAAAAAAACGGCGAAUGAAAUCGCUUUUAUUUACUAAAAGCAACAAAAUUAUUAAAUUUUUUGUUUAGUUUAAAUUUAUGUAUGAAAAUAAUUUAAAAUAAAAUAUAAAAAUGAAAAUUAAAAACAAACACUCAUGAUGUAAAAUUAAAAUGGGAGGAGGAGACGAAACGAAUUUCUUUCACCACAUCAAUAAAUAAUUUAAUAUUAUAAUAAUAUAAACAAAUUUAACACAUACAUAAAUAAAUAAUCUUAAACAUAAUACGAAACUUUUGAGUUGUUAAGUUUUUCAAAUAAAUCUAGAAAUUUAGGAAAAUUUAAACAAUUUAAAUUACUAAUUGUAAACCACAUACAAAAGACACACACAUACAUACACACACAACCAUUGAUAGAAAAGUUACAAACUAAAAAUGACAUAAAUAAAUUUAUACAUCUUUAGAAAAUAAAAAAAUAAAAAUAAAAUAACAACAAAAAUCCUACUUCCAAGAACUUCCCCUAAAAAAGAAAACAAAACAAAAAUAAAUACAAAAAUUAAUUUUUAUUUGAUUUAAUUUUAUUUGUUUUUGUAAGGUUUUGGUUAUAAUAUGAUUAAAAUAUAUACGAAAAAAUAGCAACUCAUUCUUUAAUAAAUGAAGAAUGAGAAAACUCAAUUACUUUGGCAUAUUGCUUACCUACCUAUAUUUAAAAAAAAUAUGAUCAACAACCAAAUUGUAUGGACAAAUAUAUAAUUUUAAAUAAAAAUAAUAAUAAAAACACAAAUGGAUAUAAUAAAGAAGUUAAAAACAAACCAACAUCCAAAGAUGCCAUAUUAUAUUAUAUAGGUAUGAAAUUUUAAGUGAAAUUAAAAUUAAAUUAAAAAAGAAAAGAAAAAUAAAACUAUAAAAUUUAGGAAAUUUAUUAUGAUAAACCAAAAAGAAAAAGGCAAACAUAACUUAAACAUUUAAAUUGAUAACACAAAACAUAAUAAACAAAAAUGGAAUGAGAAUUAAAAAUAAACAAUUAUAUACACAAAACAACAAAAAAUAUAUAAAUGAGAAAAAAACCACAUAUAAUUAUAAAAUUAAAAACAAAACAAAAAGUAUUUAAAUGAAAAUAAUGAUUAAUUGACAGAAAACAAAAAGAAAUCCAAGUAAAACAUUAUUACAGCAUUAAUUUAAAUAGUUAGUAAGUGAUAUUUUAUUUUUGGUGUAUAUGCAAUCAGUUAUUACUACAUAACAUGAUAAGUGGAAUGCAGAAGGUGAACAAAUGGAUGUUUUUAUUAUUAUUAUUAUAAUUAUUAUGAACAAUAUUAUUUAUUUUGUUAUUUCUUCUAUUAUUAUUGAAUAAGUAUUAAUUUAUUUAAAAUGACAAAAAAUAAACAAACAAAAAAUUACAAAAAAAUGAAAACGAUAAAAACUAAAAAAAAAUAAUAAAAAUACCAAAAAAAGUUAUUUAUGAAAAAUAA